AGCAUGCAAUUCGAUUCAGUGCAGAGGAAAAUGAACUCAGCCAUGUCGUGUUAAAUACAGGCUGAAAGAAAACGACGUCAAAUCACCGAAAAACACUCUUAAGUCCGAUAAAACCGAGCGCAAAGAAGAUCCGAGGACUCGAGUAGCGUCACGGGAGUGAAUCAGGGCCGAAAGAUGAGCGGAGGGACGCCUUACAUCGGCAGCAAGAUCAGUCUGAUCUCAAAGGCCGAGAUCCGAUAUGAAGGAGUUUUAUACACGAUCGACACCGAGAACAGCACUGUAGCUCUGGCUAAAGUGAAGUCAUUCGGCACUGAGGAUCGCCCCACGGACAGGCCUAUCCCCCCUCGAGAUGAUGUCUUUGAGUACAUCAUAUUCAGAGGAAGUGACAUCAAAGACCUGACUGUGUGCGAGCCACCCAAACCCACCUGUAACCUUCCUCAGGAUCCAGCCAUCGUGCAGUCGUCUCUGGCAUCUACGGCCGGUCCCUCGGCCCCUUCCUUCCAGUCAUACGCCCCCUUCAGUCGGGCCCCGUACAACCAGUUCAGCUCCAGUCCCCUGGUGUCCCAGCCGUUCGGAGCAGCGGUCCCUGGUGGCACGAGCUCAGGUCCUGCGUUCAGUAGCGAGGCGAGCACUACUGCCCCUCAGUCCCAGAGCUCUCGCUCGCUGAGUGCUCACAAACCCGAAGGUCGUGCCAGCCCGUCUUUAGAGCACUCGAGGAAGACCCCGACCAAGGAGCAUGCGGUGCAGACGGCCCCGGUCGCCCCCCCUGCGGUUUCCACCAGUUCAGGGAGUCAGAGGAGCUCUGGACCCGCCCGACCGGCCCUCAACACCCAGAAAUCUGCUGAAAACCAGGAGCAAAAAGCGUCUGAUGUCCAGAAGAUUCCUCGGCCAGAAUCAGAUUCAAACAGGCCCGAUAACAAAGACCCAAUCAAACGCCAGCCUGGCGGUGGCGCUCCUCCAAUGAGAAGGGGGCGGGGCAGUGGUGGCGGAGGGGGCGGCGGCCAGCGUGGGCGGGGCAGAUUUAACGGGCGUAGGGACGGACCAAUGAAAUUUGAGAAGGACUUUGACUUUGAGAGUGCCAACGCCCAAUUCAAUAAGGAGGAGAUCGACCGCGAGUUCCAGAGCAAACUCAAGAUUAAAGAUGAGAAGAGUGAGAAAUCGGAGAAGACUCUGAACGGGGAGGAGAAGACGGAUUCGGGUGUGGAGACCCAGAACAGCGAAGGCAACGUGGACGAGGAGGAUCCACUGGGACCCAACUGUUAUUAUGACAAAUCCAAGUCCUUCUUCGACAACAUCUCCUGUGACGACACCAGAAAGGAGAAAUCAGGAGGUACUUUUGGAAGGGAACGGAGGCAGACCUGGGCGGAGGAGAGGAGGAUGAACGCGGAGACGUUCGGUAUUCCACUGCGUCACAACCGCGGGCGCGGGGGUUUCCGUGGCAGAGGCGGCGGCAUGGGCUUCCGCGGGGGUCGCGGGCGCGCGGCUAGCAGGGGCUCGUUCAUGCCCUCCCGCGGGGGCGGAGGCGGGUUCAGGGGCGGCUUUAGAGGCGGAAGAGGAGGACGGGAGUUCGCGGACUUUGAGUACAGGAAGGAGAACAAAGUGUCGGCGUAGUCCAUCAUGAAGACCAGAUCAUCCGAACAGCCAAGAAUCUCCGAUCAUCGUCACGUCUAGAUUAACGCUUUGGUUUCGACUCCUGACUAACAGGAAGGCCUCUGUUCAACACCAGCGCAGGGACGCCUGCCUUCAGCUGGACUCGCAGCUUUGAGUUUCUCCUUUCUUCCUUUUUUAGAAAAAGAAAAAAACAAACAUUUGAUGAUCUUCUGAUCUGCGUUCGACAUGUUCGGAGGGGAGAGUUUGUGUACAAAAUGCCGUAACUUCCAUUGAAUGAUGAUUAUUAUUAUUAUUAUCUGGUAUUUUUGCAUCAACCUUUAGUUCCUUUGGUAAUAUACAGAGGACGGUAUUUGAUAUUCUUCAGUUAGGUGUACAGAACCCCGCUGAUACUGUGAGCGCUCCUCAGUCACAUAGCUUUAUUACGUUAUGUUUCCUUUUAUUUUUUUGGAUCUGUUUUCUGUCUUUUGAAGCAGCAAACCCAGUGUCAAAAUAAACUUUCAGUUCGACUCGACGGCCGCUGGACUCUAGCUCAUCAUCAGUUAAUAGAUCGACAUGCUUUGUAGUACUAGCAUCUUUUUAGUUCACUAGUUUAUUUCCGUUGUUGGUUCUUCCCUGUUGGUCAACUCACAAAAACUGGUUUAUGAUUGAAUGUAUCGAUGAAUUCAACUCUUUCUUUCAAGCGUUUUUGUCCUGAAGUCCUCUCUCUAUGCAGGGUCACGUUCUCCCUGUAGAUCCGACUGCUGUUCCUGUCUUCAAAAUGUAUUUUUAAUAUUUGAGUGCCAGUUAUUCUUGCCUUUUGAUGUCAAUUAUGUACAUUUCCACGAGGGCUUUUUGAUAUAAACUCAACUUAAACCUGUCUAACGCCGAGCCCCACCCCGAGAUCUUCUGGAAAGAUCCCGUAACCCUUUAAGAAUCCGAUUGGAUGUUUAGAAAUUGCGUUUGUUCUCUUUGAAGACAAUACGGCACACGAUGCGAAGGCUAAAUUCAACGUCAUUUCACAAUGCUCUUAACCAGAUGAAUCUGGUCUCGGAACGAUGAUUGAUUGGAUGAUUAGUGGAGGGGUAUUUUAGGUUAAACAGGAUGAACCGACUUAAAAACAUUUUACGACAUGUUGCCACGCUCAGUCCGAGUUUCACCUGAAAUACGUCGUCUAUAAACCCCUCUAUUGUGAAUAGUUCUGUUUCCUGUUUGAUACACGUGUAUGUUAAUGUGUUAUUUCAGGUACCAGCUGUCUAAUGCUCUGUUAAUGGAGUGAAGUUUGUUUACCCGGCGAUCUCGUCUGUCUCUGAAUGUCACUGAAGCACUAGUUCCUGCACUGUUAGAUGGGAGGUCAUUGUUGUUUUUGGUGUGCUUCAUAUUAUUAAUUUGUGUUUCAGAGAUCCAAAGACCGAAUUACGGAUAACCUUUGGAGGAGAAGUGCUCUCUCUCAGCUGGGUCUGCUUUAUUUUCUCAUGUCUGUCCCCAGAGUUUGCCGUCUCUACUUGUAUUAGCUAUAAACCGCUCCCUUUAAAAGCACUACGAGUCGCAGAGAUGUCCCGCAGGCAGCUAGUGAAACCAGGGCAUGAUGGGAAACCUCUGAGUGAACCACAGAUAUCGGUGCUGAGAUGUGAAACGAAUCCUCGGGCCUGAUAUCGCCAUGAGGUCGAUCGAACCUCGUGCGAGAGGUUAAACUGGACAGCAGAAGCGUGAUGUGAUUAUUGUGGAGGAAUGUGAUUGGCACGUUUAUUCUUUUGUUUCUGUUUUUCCUGAAUUAAAGCAGUUGUACACGGUGUGCUCGUAGACGGCUUCAGACGGGGCGAACUAAGGUUUUUAAUCAACAAGAGAAAUAAAGAAAUAGUUGUUCAGUA